CCUCCUCAGCAGAGAUACGUUUCGGGCGGGCGGGCGAGCGGCGGUGCCAUUUGCUCCGGGUUCCUGAGAGACGCGCUCUUCGGCCAGGCUCGUGAGUGGCGCUGCUGUCUUUCCCCUCCAGUCUGGCUGUUUCCGAGGGAGAUUCGGAUAUCGCCGACCGAACCUGCAUCUGCUGAAUGGUCCCAGGGUGGUCAUGAACCAGGCCCCGGACCCCAGUGGCCCCGAGCAACCUGAGAGAGAUGCCCGAAGCUCGGCUCAUUUCCCGCCCACUGCCGGCAGCGGUCCCGUCAGGGGGAUACCUCAGACGCCCGGCCUGCCUCAACUCGUGCAAAAUGCUGCCAAACUUCUGGACAAGAAUAUAUUUACUGUCAACACCGCAAAUCCACUGCUUCCUUCUUCUGCAAGUCUUCAGUUGGCUCAGCUUCAGGCACAGCUUACGCUACAUAGACUAAAAUUGGCUCAGACAGCAGUCAACAACAACACAGCAGCUGCAACUGUCCUGAACCAGGUUCUUUCUAAAGUGGCCAUGUCUCAGCCACUUUUCAACCAAUUAAGACACCCUUCUAUGUUUAAUACCCUUCCAGGACAUGCUGGAGGUCUUGGGGCCACCAAUACUAGAUUUCCACCUGGUGGGAUAAAUUUUCCAACACAGAACCCACCUUUGGCAGCCCAUGGUGGAACCCUGGGGUCAGUAAGUAACCUUCCAAAUCAAAACAUCAGUACUGUAGUCCUAAACCCUUUUGGGGGUGUAAUUUCUCAAACAGCUGGACAACAAGCUGUAUCUAUGAAUCUAAAUAAAACUAGUGCCUCCUCUACCGCAGGUGGAUUUUAUGAUUACAAUAAACAGCUUUUCCCCUCUGAUGCUAGUCAAUGCUGUCAACAGAGCUUUGUAACCAGUGGUUCUCAUCCAGUCCCAGUGUCAUCUGGAAAUGAAAUGUCUGAAGGCCAACUGGGAUAUCAGAAAGAAUUUUAUGAAGCUGUUUCUAAAGGCCAGCACACAACCUGUACACAGUCUUUGACGUUUGCUGCUGACUCUCAAAAUUCUCAUCAGAAUCAAAAAGGAAAGAUGGGUUCUAUAGUACAUGAAAGAGAUACAAGCAAUCAAUGGGAAAAUCCUUCUACUUUCUCUAGCCAAAAUAAAACUGACAUUAUGCCCAAUGCCAAUGUGUGGCCAUCAACAAAUGUCCCAUACGAAGUAAGGAGUGAUCUCUAUAACCCUGAGGAACCAACACCAGAUACAAAAUUUAGCACUGGUGCUCUGUGUUUUUUCAGCAGAACUAAAAAUGGUAAACAAAAUUAUAGUAACUCACAAACAAGACAGAAACAAGAACCUGUUACUUCUGGAUUGCCAGUGAGGCCUCUUCAGUCCCAUGAAUUAAAUGACUUUCAUAGUAUUGCACCUCUUUCCUUCCCUCACAUUUGUACCUUAUGCAGUAAGAAGGUAUUUGACCUUAAGGACUGGGAUCAGCACAUUAAAGGAAAUCUUCAUAUUCAGAAUUGCUUGGCUUUCUCAGAGAACACUGACAUUCGUUGUAUGUUGCAUUCAGCAGCAGCAGGGGUAUUGCAUUCUUCCUCUCCAAAUAAUAAAACUGUGUUCAAUCUGCCUGGUACUGAAGAUUACCCUUUAAAUGCUGAGUCAUACAAUUCGGCAUCUUCAUUUGGCCAGUCAAGUUCCACGUUCUCUUACGUACCACCUGGUGGAAAUGUUCUACAAAUGAAAUGUGUCCCAGGUCGUGUAGUACACAUCUGUAACCUUCCUGAAGGAAGCUGUACAGAGAAUGAUGUAAUCAACCUUGGACUUCCCUUCGGAAAAGUCACUAAUUAUAUUCUCAUGAAAUCUACCAAUCAGGCUUUUUUAGAGAUGGCCUAUACUGAGGCAGCUCAGGCUAUGGUAGAAUAUUAUAAAGAGAAACCUGCAAUGAUAAAUGAUGACAAGUUACUCAUAAGAAUGUCUAAAAGAUACAAAGAACUUCAACUAAAGAAACCAGGAAAGAAUGUGGCAGCAAUAAUCCAAAAUAUCCAUUCUCAAAGAGAAAGAGAUAUGUUGAGAGAAGCAGACAGAUAUGGACAGGAAAGGCCUCGUUCCCGCAGCCCCAUAAACUGUUCACUUUCUCCAAGAUCACGGACUCCAAGCUUUACUUCCUGUAGUUCCCCCCGUAGCCCAUUAAGCACAAACAGAACAGAGUGGGGAAAUGGAAGAGAGCCAAGGGAUCAGUUUCCUUAUUCUCAGAGAGAGGAAGAUAAAGAAUUACUGCUGUGGAGAGAGAAUGUGGAAGAGAAAAGAGAUCGGAGUGACAUGUGGACUCAUGAAAGAAAACAUUAUUUACGGCACUUGGAUUUGGAAGAGCAUGUUGAAGCAACCCGAGGGCAUAAAGAAAAAUAUUUAAGAGGAGGCUCACCCAGUGCAAAAGGAGCUUACCUUUUGCCUCCAUAUAAAAGAAGAGAAGAAGAUUGUUAUAGAAAAUCCUCUAAGCAAAAGCCUGAUAAAUAUCAAAAUCAAACAGUGGAUGUUGCUUUGAAGGGCAAAAGAAAAGAAGAGAUAAGACUGAGAGAACAUAAACAUUCUCAUUGUGAAGACACAGCUAAGGAGGAAAUGUCAGAACAGAAGUCCAUCAUGAUGCCUGACAGUAUCAAGCAAAAGGAAAGCGAUAAAGACAAAUUAAAAGACAAUGCUAAAAAGGCAGAAGACACAACACCUGGUAUAGCUGAAAGGCAUAAUGGAAAAAAAGAAAAAGAAAAUGAAAAUGAGGACUGGGAGAGUGGAAGUGAAAUGGAAGCGGAAACUUGGUAUCCAACCAAUCUUGAAGAGCUUGUAACUGUUGAUGAGGUAGGAGAGGAUGAUCUUAUUAUGGAACCCGAUAUAACUGAACUUGAAGAAAUAGUAACUGUAGGUCAGGAAGAAGAAGAAUGUUCCAUAAGGACUGCCUUAGCUGCUGGAUUGGAGGUAAAGAAUGAACACAGUUUACUGAGUACAAGGGAAGACAAAUCUAAUAUAUUGGAAGCCACCAUGGAAUCAGAGAAAGAAAAUGCAGAUGUAAGUGGCUCUGAAGGUGAUAGUACAGUGACUAAAGCAACCCGUCUGAUUGAUAUUGAUAUUGAAGAUAAACCAGAUGAAAGUAGAUCUGAAAAGGAUUCAGAUCAGCAUAAUGACAGAAAAAUAGAUGAACGUUCUAAUAUUCAGUUAAACUUGGAGAAGCAGUACAUAUCUUCAGAUCCUCCAAAGGAAGAACCCUUCCAGCAGAGAGAUACACUUGUAGAUAAUUAUAAAGAGAUAGAAACUCUGGAAAGCAGGAAUAAUGAAGAUAAGGAUAUCCUGGCAAAAAAAUCUCAAGAAGAAAGAAACUGUGGAAGUGAGGAAAAGCCGAAGAGUCAAACGAUUUGUAGGUACACAGAAAUAAAAACUCCUGAUUUCCCAGAAGUUGAAUCAAAAAAGUCAUAUUUUUCACCAUCGUGGGAACAAGAUGAUGUAUUUACGGAGCUCAACAUUCCACUAGGUGUAGAAUUUGUUGUUCCCAGAACUGGCUACUACUGCAAACUUUGUGGACUUUUCUACACAAAUGAAGAUGCAGCAAAAAUUCAUCAUUGUAGAAGUACUGUUCACUAUAAAAAUCUGCAGAAAUACCUAUCACAACUUGCAGAAGAGAAUCUGAAGAUGAAUGAAAAAGAAAACAGCUCAGCCCAAGAUGAUACAGAGAUUGUCCCACACUCUGAGGAGAAAAAACACUGAUUUUUUUAAAAAUCAAAUUGGAAACUUGCUUAUUUGUUUGCUAUUCUCAAUAAUGUACCUUUAGCUUGCACUUUGAAAUUAAAUCAUAAUUAACUUUUUCUGGCAGUCACACUGAAAGCACCAUUAAAAAUAUAAUCCUGCAAUAUAAUAAAGCACAAGUGACAUAUCUAUAAAUAAUAGCAUCCAUCUCUCCAUAAUGGAUACUGUUCUCUUGAAAUCAGAAUUCUCAGGAAUUUCCUCCAUGUUACUUGUGUUACAAUCUCAAUUGGUCCAUGAAUGAAGCUUAUCUGAAAAAGAAAUGAUCUGAAUUAGUAGUUUUGUUCAAUGAUCAUGCUCAGUAAUAUAAUACAGCUUACAUUACAUUACAGGUGGUCCUUGACCUACAACCAUUCAUUUGUGACUAUUCAAAGUCACUGAAUGGCACUGAAAAAAGUGACUUAUGACUGGUCUUCAGACUUAUAACCAUCAUAGCAUUGCAUGGUUAUGUGAAAAAUUCAGAUGCUUGGCAACUGGCAUGUGUUUAUUACAGUUGCAGCAUCCUUGAUCACGAGAUCCCAUUUGUGACUUUUCUAGCCAGCUUCCAACAAGCAAAGUCAAUGGGGGAAGCUAGAUUCACUUAACGACCACAUGACUCACUUAACUGCAGUGAUUCGGUUAACAUUCAUGACCAAAAAGGUUGUAAAAUCGGACAUAAGCCACUUGGUUAGUAUUAGCAAUGGAUAUUCUGGUCUAAACUAGUUGUAAGUCAAGGACUACCAGUACAGUUAAUAUAUUAUGUUACUGCUGAUAAUACUGUUUCUUUUGGGCAACGCUGUCCUUGACAGGUAUAAGGUAGUUUAUGAUAUAUAUUUUCAAAGAGCGUUUUAAUUUGUACUGAAAUGGACAGAAUUAAAGAAACUCUUCUGUUUCAAUUCGUGAACAUAUAUACAACUCUAACUUUCUAUAAGUCUAGCAUACUAUGACUUGUGUUUUCCCUGCUAGUCUUUUUUCUACUUUCUUCCAUGUUUCUUAAAGCUCAUUUCUUUUAAAGCCAUCAUUUGCUAAAUCCUAAUAUAUUUGCACAGGAAUAUAAUAGUAUUUCUAGAUGAGAAGCUGUUCAAAAGCCUAUCUAUGCUGCUGUAAGUGCCAUGGUGGGACUGGCACAUACAUAACACAGAUUUUUAAUUAGUUCAGUAAAUCAAACAUAUUUUAACAAAUCAAAUGUUCUGAUAUGAAUCAACUAAAUAUUACAGUCCUCAUUAGAACUGACUUAAAGUUUAAUGUUCAUAAAUUUUACAUUAAUUAUAUAGCUGUGCAAUACUUUAUAUGUGUGUGAAAAGUUCAUACAGAUUUCACUAAAUAAAGCACGUAUUUAUUUGCAUAAGUGGAUAUAAUAACUGCUGCUAAUUGCCAUCAUAAAAAGUUACUAUAAAAUAUACUAGAUAACGUUCCUGAACCAUAUUGCAAGAGCAAGUAUAAUUGCUCUAGAGCCUUGUUUAGGUAGUGUAAAAAUUUACAGAACAUAUUUCUACCAUUUGCUACUUCUAAUUAUCCCAUGAAAUCUUAUAUUUUGGGGUACUUAAAAAAAAUCUUUAGUUUCAAGAUCUCCCAGUUAAAAUCUGAGUUUAUUACCUGCUUUAGUAUCAUCCUUUUAGUUGCAAGUCAGAGGAACCAAUGUUUUAAUAAGUCUGUGCCAUUAAAGAAUUCAUUAAAUAUCCACAUUCCUGUCUCAGCUUUAAUUAAUGAGAAGUUUAAUGAGAAGUUUUGAGAUCCUAGCCUUUGGCUUGACUUUGUAAAAUAAAGGCAGGCAUAUUCUUGAAGCAUAUACCACAUUUCUUCUAUUUCAGUAACAUUGGUCAGUUAAAACAUUUUAUCCCAAGUUUAAGUUUAAAACUGUCUGAGGCAGCUGACAAAAUUAUUAAAAUAAGGUAAUAACAAGGAAAAUUAAUAUAUCUUUACUUCUGGUAUUACAUAAAAGGCACAGUUGGUCUGUAGGGGGAACAUAACUAUAUUUAUUGUUUUAACGUAGAUCUUAGUGAAAAUAAUCUUACAGACAGUGAAGAAUACAUAUUCCAGCAGCAGAAGAUAGAAAGAUACGGGAUUGCUUAUGCAACCCAAAUGGCAAUCUUGCUUUGGAAUUGUUACACUAAAAACCUGAAAUUUUAAAAACACUUGCUUUUUAAAACCCUACCUUAUUCUUUAUAAUUGUAUUUAUGAGAGGGGGGAGCAUGCACAAGGUAGUUUGAAGAGAAUCCAAAGACUUUAUUAUAAAUAUGUAUAAAGCUUAUUUAUAAACAAUUGCAAAAUAUUUGAACAAUUUUAAAAUAUUUAGGUCUUGCAACAUCUUACUUGUUUCAGCCUAUUACUUUUUAUGGUUUCAUAUCACAUACCUUUAGUUUUAAAACUAAGGAAUCUAAACCCUGAAGCAUAAAACUUGACAAUUUUUUUACUGACUGCAAUUCAUAAAACAGUAUUAGGCUUUCAGGGUUUCUGUAUCAAGUUUGAUGUAUUGAUGGAUACUUGAACUGGACCAGAUGUUAUUAUUUAUUAAACAUAUAGUCUUGUUUAAUUACUGGCUUGUAAACGUUUGAGAUGUGUCAAAAGUUUAAUCAGGAAGCAGCACACAUUUUUAUUGUCUAUAUAUCUUGAUCUAUUGAUGCAAUUGAUUUCAAAUUGCAUUUGUAAAAAAUAAAUGAAUGAUUGCAAUAAAGAUAAUUUUUAAUGACUGGUGAGCUUUGGUAUCCGCAGUAACUUUGAUUGGAUUGGCUGUAUCCAGACUACAAUGUACACAAAAGAACUCUGGACUGACCUUCAACAUGAAAUCAUAAUAAGUGGUAAUUAAAUGCUAGCUUUUGCAUAUCAACUGCAGUGAUGAUAGUUGUGAUUUACAUAGAGGAAGGCUGAUGUGGUAUAGUUUUUUUCUCUUGCAUUUUAGACUGGAAGCAAGCAUCUGAAUGAUUUUAUGUUCUGUUUCAACCUUCCUGCAUUUACCACCAAU